AUGGUUAAAAAUGAGGCCCCUGAAGAAGAAGACGACGAUUCAGCCCUGCAGAUUUUACGGAAAUUGCGUCAGUUUAUAAACAUCACAAACAUGGCGACUUACAGGCAGGUCGGGAGGUUGUUGGGUAUUUCUCUAAGAAUUUCAAGUCCCCUUGCUGUGCGUGCAUAUCAGUAUGCUGGACUGCAUUGGACUCCACUCAACAUUGGUGUCACAAGGAGAUGGUCACUGCCACCAUUUUCAGUUGUUUGUGCAAGGACCAUGUUCAUUCAGACUCAAGACACUCCCAACCCAAACAGCUUGAAGUUUCUGCCUGGUCGCAUGGUCCUCGAACAAGGAACAAUGGAUUUUGCUGCACCCCGGGAAGCCUAUUGCUCACCCCUCGCUAGGCAGCUAUUUAGAAUCGAUGGUGUCAAGGGUGUCUUUUUGGGUCCUGACUUCAUUACCAUAACCAAGACAGAUAUAGAUCUGGAAUGGAAGUUAAUCAAACCUGAUGUGUUUGCUGCUAUUAUGGACUUUUUCACCUCUGGACUCCCUGUUGUCAAUGAGGAGGACACCCCUCGUGCAGAUACAGCACCCUCAGAUGAUGAUGAUGAGGUAAUUGCUAUGAUCAAAGAGCUUCUGGACACCCGAAUCAGGCCCACAGUGCAGGAGGAUGGUGGAGAUGUCCUGUAUUGUGGCUUUGAGGAUGGCAUUGUGAAGCUGAAGCUGCAGGGCUCCUGCACCAGUUGCCCCAGCUCCAUGGUCACACUGAAGAGUGGCAUCCAGAAUAUGUUGCAGUUCUAUGUCCCUGAAGUGGAAGGGGUAGAGCAGGUGAAGGAUGAGCAAGAGGAAGUUGCCCAAGGCUGAGUCCAAUGGAAACUACUGACUCUACAGACAUCCUCUCACCCUCUCCCCUCCAGUAGCCACUCCUGACUCCAUCCUAUAGCUGAUUUAAUGAGCAUCGUAGAGGCCUGUCUAAAGCACAGCAGUGGCAAAAGAAGAACUGUGGGGUUAUUUGGAGAGAUUUCUAAUUGAACAUCAUGGCAGUUUUCAGAGAUUGUCAGUCAUUCUGGCUAUGGGAUUCAGGGGGUAAGAGAUGAACGCCUUGUCUGAAGUAGUGUCUUUGUCCUGCUGCUUGCUUUGAAAGGCUUGCAGGCUGAAGGACUCCAACUUGAACUUCUGUCUGACAAUGAAUUUAUUACAGUAUCUAGUGUUAUCACACCAUAUAACUCAGUAAGUAUUGGUUAUUUAAGUCCCGAUGCAGCCGUUUUAUAUCAAUAUCAAAUCAUUUCUGGGUAACAAUUUAAGUACCUUACUGUAAUAGAUUUCCUUUCAAAUGGGCAAAAUAGCUUUUUAGGUAAAAAAUUAUUCUCAAGCAAGACUUUUGCUAAGACUGUCUGAAGGCAGUGUGAGUGGGUAGGGAAAAAUUGAGAACUAGCUGUCAUUGGCAGGGAGGUUUGGAACUGUCUUUGUUAUUGGUCUAUUCAUUAAUUUACCGCAUGGUGAUGCAUGGAAAGCCGAAAUUCCCGCACAUGCAAACCUGCUGAUUAGAAGGCCCUGUUUUGAUUGUAUUUUCAAUCAGCAGCUAUCAGGAAAUAACACUGAUCAAAUUGUUUCACACUUUUACAGUAUUAGGUCCAUCAGCUGUUGUACAAUAUGAUAUACAUUUUGACUGCAUUAAGCCUUUUAAAAAAACAACUCCAUCCAUAUACAACACAAAUGUGCACACUGUAAAUGUAAAUAAAUAAAAUAAAUUGAAUUAGAGUAUGAAAUUAUUUUCUUGAAUGCCCUGAAUAUUGGCCACCAACUAAUCUGUCAAUUUGACAGGGGAAAUGGUGCACAGAUAGAGGAUGGUCUGGAGGAACGUUUGAGUUUGCAUUGGUUUUUAUGUCUGUUACUAUUAUCAUGUGAAUGUAUAAUAAGCAAUUAAAAACACCUCUAUAAAUUAUA